UCCUCGCGAUAUUUGGGGAGCCGGCCCGGUUGUCCCGAAAAGAGGCUAGGAAGCUGUGUCGCUAGUGCCCCGCACGUGUCUCCUCAGGCCGCGGAUCUCCGGCCGCUGGGUCGUCUUCUCCCGCGGCCUCCGCGGCCUGUGAGGAAUCGAGCGCCUGGCGGGGUGGGCGGGCUGUACGCCAUGGGCAAGGCCAGGUCGGCCGGGGCCAGAAGGAAGGCCCCCGCGGCCCAGGGCAAAGCGAAGCCUAACCCCAACCCCUUCGAGGUGAAAGUCAACCGGCAGAAAUUCCAGAUCCUGGGCAGGAAGACGCGCCACGACGUGGGGCUGCCCGGGGUGUCCCGCGCACGGGCCAUUAAGAAGCGUACCCAGACUUUGUUAAAGGAGUACAAAGAACGGGAUAAGUCCAAUGUGUUUACAGAUAAACGCUUUGCAGAAUACGAUAGCAACAUAAGCUCAGAGGAAAAGAUGGCGAAGAGGUUUGCUCUGGAACAACAGCGACAUCACGAGAAAAAAAACAUCUACAACCUAAAUGAAGAUGAAGAAUUAACACAUUAUGGCCAGUCUUUGGCAGAUAUUGAAAAGCUUAAUGACAUUGUCGAUAGUGACAGUGAUACAGAAGAAAGAGGGACAUUGUCAGCCGAGUUGACCGCUGCCCACUUUGGAGGGGGCAGGGGGCUCCUGCAUAAGAAGGCCGCUCCACAGCCAGGCGAGGAGGCCGAGCAGCCGAAGUCACGCAAGGAGCUGAUCGAAGAGCUCAUCGCCAGGUCAAAGCAGGAGAAGAGGGAGAGACAAGUUCAACGAGAGAGCGCCCUUGAGCUCACAGAGAAGCUAGACCAAGACUGGAAAGAAAUCCAGACGCUCUUGUCACGCAAAACACCCAAGUCGGAGAGCAGCGGCAGGAAGGAGACACCCCAGCCCGAUGCAUAUGACAUGACAGUCCGUGAGCUCGGCUUUGAGAUGAAGGCCCAGCCCUCUAACAGAAUGAAAACAGAAGAGGAGCUGGCAAAGGAGGAGCAAGAGCGGCUUAGAAAGCUGGAGGCUGAGAGACUCCGAAGGAUGCUGGGAAAGGAGGAGGAUGAAAGUGCCAAGAAACCAAAGCACAUGUCAGCGGAUGACCUGAACGAUGGCUUCACCCUCGAGAAGGAUGACAGGCGUCUCCUUUCUUACAGAGAUGGGAAGAUGAACCUAGAGGAAGAUGUCCAGGAAGAGGAAAGCAAGGAACCCAGUGAUGACGGGAGUGAAGACUCAAGCGGGGAGGAGCCAGAGGGGGGCUCGGAGGGCAGUGGUCCAGACGGCCACUCGGACCUGGAGUCUGACGUGGAGAGCGAGGAAGAAAAUGAGGGACCAGAGAAGAAGCAACCUCAGGCUCCUGGUAAAAGACUCCCAAGUGACGAUCAGAAAGCUGGAAGAGCUGCCAGGGCCGAGCUGCCCUACGUAUUUGCAGUUCCUGAAUCCUACGAGGAACUAAAAUCCUUACUAACAGGAAGAUCGAUGGAGGAGCAGCUUUUGGUGGUGGAGAGAAUUCAAAAAUGCAACCAUCCAAGUCUCUCAGUGGGGAACAAAGCGAAGUUAGAAAGACUGUUUGGUUUCCUGUUGGAAUAUGUGGGCGAUUUAGCCACAAGUGACCCACCAGACCUCAGAGUCAUUGAUAAGUUGGUUGUGCAGUUAUAUAAUCUUUGCCAGAUGUUUCCUGAAUCUGCAAGCAACUCCAUAAAAUUUGUCCUCAGAGACGCCAUGCACGAAAUGGAGGAAACGGUGGAAACCAGGGGCCGCGUGGCGUUUCCCGGCUUGGAUGUGCUCCUCUAUUUGAAACUCACGGGCAUGUUCUUUCCGACCUCGGACUUCCGGCACCCCGUCGCCACCCCUGCGCUGGUGUGCAUGAGCCAGCUGCUCACCAAGUGCCCCGUCCUGUCCCUUCAAGACGUGCUGAAAGGGCUGUUUGUGUGCUGCAUGUUCCUGGAGUACGUGUCCCUGUCGCAGAGAUUUGUACCUGAACUUAUCAAUUUUCUUCUUGGGAUUCUUUACAUGGCAACUCCAAACAAGCAAAGUCGUGGUUACACGCUGGUGCACCCCUUCCGAGCUCAUGGAAAGAACUCCCAGCUGCUCUGCGUGUCCGAUCGGGAGGACGUGGCCACUUGGCAGAGGAGAGGCCUCCCCCUCCCGCAGGUGAAUGGACUGAGAGCCCCGAGCAGGACGGAGGCGAACCACACCAGGCUGUCCUGCCUGGCGGUGGCCCUGGACCUGGUGAAGCACUGUGUGCGCCUGUACAGCGCCCUGCCGUCCUUCCCCGCCAUCGUGAGGCCCAUCCGAGCCCUGCUGACUGAGCCCUGGGCGGACGGCGGGUACCCCCGCGAGCUGGAGGAGCUGCGCCAGAGCAUACUGACGGCCAUAGACGAGCAGAAACACCUCUACCAGCCGUUGGUCUGUGAGAGGAGCAAACCGACGCCCCUGAAGCUCUUCACCCCCAGACUCGUGAAAGUCCUCGAGUUUGGAAGGAAACAAGGAAGCACUAAGGAGGAGCAAGAGAGGAGAAGGCUGAUCCACAAACAUAAGCACGAAUUUAAAGGGGCUGUUCGGGAGAUCCGCAAGGACAACCAGUUCCUGGCCAGGAUGCAGCUCUCGGAGAUCAGGGAGCGGGACACGGAAAGAAAGCGCCAGGUGAAGCAGCUCUUCAACAGCCUGGCCACGCAGGAAGGCGAGUGGAAAGCCCUGAAGAGGAAAAGGUUCAGAAAGUAGACUGUUCUGUGGACGAGCCCAGAAGAUGGUGCACACAGAGAGGAACUGGGGCUUGGGGUUGCCACUGCGGGUUCCUGAGCCUCAGCUCCCGUUUGGAGCCGAACUCCUCCCCCGAUGCCACAGAUGGACUCCGGGCCCUCCCAGAGAGCCGCGUGCGGGCGCCGGCCCAUGGCGUCUGCUUGACCAGAGCAGAUGGGACGUUUGCCUCGUGUAGAAUUCAGGACGUUCCUUCAUCUGUUCUAUAAAUUAUGUUUCCAAUUAAAAACAAAGCAGGUUUGCCAAA